AUGGAAGGCCACCCCGAGGAGAGGGCGGAGGGCGCGGGCCCGCCGCAGCGCCGGCGGCUCGUCCUGAACCCCAGGAACGAGGAGAAGGCGCGCCAGCUGGCGCAAACGGGAAAGAGCAGCAUCUUCGGCGACGCCAAGCCCCGGGAGGAGGUUCUGGCUCAGCGCACGGGCAUGGCGGAGGCGGACAUACUCAAGCAGGAGGCGGAGCACGAGCGGCUGCACAUCCGACUGUCGCCACAGCAGAUAUCGGACCAGAGGGAGGCGGAGGAGGCGGUGGCUGAGGCGAAGCGCACGCUGGAACAGGCGACCGACGAGGAGGCGAUCAGGACCCUGCGCGUCGACCUGGACGCCCGCCAGCGGGAGCUGAACAGCCUGCUGAUCUCCUUCGAGAAACUGGCUGUUCAAAAGGCCCAUGCUGGGGGAGGAAUCCGGCCAUCUGAGCGUCAGCGUAUGGCUGAAUUGGGUGGCAACAACGAAGAUGGCGGGCUGCACAGGGGCUUUGGUGGGGUUGCUCGCGAUGGGCGGCCAAGGGGCUUUGCAGACUAUGGGGAGCCCAGAGACAGCUAUGGACAAAGGAGCCCACGUGGGGGAGGGGGCCGCUACAACGACGGGGACGCUCAGGCCCACAGGGGCGGUGGGAAGUACGAUGAGUAUGGGACCAACCAGGGCAGUGGCAGAGGCCUAUACGACGAUUUCGGGGGAGAGGAUUAUCGCGGUUUGAAGGGCUCCUACGACCUUCGGGAUCGAUUCUGA